AUGGUUGCAGAAUUUGUUGCUCUAGCUGCAGGUAGUAAAGAGGCUGAGUGGCUAAGAAAUUUAUUGUAUGAGAUACCUAUUUGGCUAAAGCCAACGACGCCUGUAUCCAUACAUUGUGAUAGUCAGUCCACACUAUCAAUAGCAUAUAGACAAGUAUAUAAUGGAAAAUCAAGACAUAGUGGUAUAAGACAUAGCUAUGUGAAGGAUUUAAUUUCAAAUGGAGUAAUUUCCAUUAUGUUCAUAAGAACAGAAAAUAAUCUUGCAGAUCCUUUGACAAAAUGUCUAACGAAAGACAUGGUGUUGAAGACAUCAUCGGGGAUGGGUCUCAAGCCCAUAUCUAAUUGA